AAUAGAAUGGCCGCUGAUGACCGGCACCUGCCUUCCAGCUGCGGGAGCUACAUCAAAACAGAGCCGUCGAGCCCCUCCUCGGUCAUCGACACGGUCAGCCACCACAGUCCCAGCGGCAACUCGGACGCCAGCGGCGGUUAUGUCAGCACCAUGAACAGCCACUCCAACGGCCUGGACUCCCCGCCCAUGUUCACGCCGGGCGGGCUGGGCGGCGGGGCCUGCCGCAAACGCUACGACGACUGCUCCAGCACCAUCAUGGAGGACUCCCCCAUUAAGUGCGAAUACAUGUUGAACUCCAUCCCCAAGAGGCUGUGUCUGGUCUGUGGAGAUAUUGCAUCGGGGUAUCACUAUGGCGUUGCCUCCUGUGAGGCUUGCAAAGCCUUUUUUAAAAGGACGAUACAAGGUACCUCCCUCCCUCCCCCGCAUAAGCACACCCCCUUUCCCCCUGUCUUUCCAAGGAAACGUAACAUCGAGUACAGCUGUCCGGCUACGAACGAGUGCGAGAUCACGAAAAGGAGACGCAAGUCCUGUCAAGCCUGCCGCUUCAUGAAGUGUCUGAAAGUGGGGAUGCUGAAAGAAGGAGUGCGUCUGGACCGUGUGCGGGGAGGCAGACAGAAGUACAAGAGGAGGAUGGACGCCGAGAACUCGACUUAUCUCGGCCUCACACUCCCCCCUCCUGCCAAAAAGCCACUUACAAAGAUCGUGUCGCAUCUGCUAGUAGCGGAGCCUGAGAAAAUAUAUGCCAUGCCAGACCCCACCAUGCCCGAAAGCGACAUCAAGGCCCUGACCACACUGUGCGACCUCGCUGACCGUGAGCUGGUGGUCAUCAUCGGCUGGGCCAAACACAUCCCAGGCUUCUCCAACCUGUCCCUGGGAGACCAGAUGAGUCUCCUGCAGAGCGCGUGGAUGGAGAUCCUGAUCCUGAGCAUCGUGUUCCGCUCGCUGCCCUACGAGGACGAGCUGGUCUACGCCGAGGACUACAUCAUGGACGAGGAGCACUCGCGCCUGACGGGGCUGCUGGACCUCUACGUGUCCAUCCUGCAGCUGGUGCGCAAGUACAAGAAGCUGAAGGUAGAGAAGGAGGAGUUUGUCACCCUCAAAGCCAUCGCCCUCGCCAACUCAGACUCCAUGCACAUAGAAGACGUGGAGGCGGUGCAGAAGCUCCAGGACUCCCUCCACGAGGCCCUGCAGGACUACGAGGGCAGCCAGCACCAGGACGACCCCCGGCGGGCAGGCAAGCUGCUCAUGACCCUGCCCCUCCUGCGUCAGACCGCCACCAAAGCAGUGCAGCACUUCUACAGCAUCAAAGUGCAGGGCAAGGUGCCCAUGCACAAACUCUUCCUGGAGAUGCUGGAGGCCAAGGUGUGA